CCGACCUGCAAAUUCGAAUACCUCUAAAUUCACAUAAUAUUUAUGUUUGCACCUCCAUAAUAUAUAUUGUAGGAAGAAAGAAAGAAGUGAAGAAUGUCACUGUGUUUUCAUCCCCAUUUUGUCCCACUUCAGUUUCCAGACUUCAAUUCUCGCAAGUUAUCGGGUUCAUUUUCUAUUUCAAAGAGAGACUUUCGGGUAUUUGCAACGUCAUCGGCUGUAAAAGAGGCAUCCACUUUCAUCGAGGCAGCUCCAAUAUUUUUGCCUCAAGGACCAUGGAAGCAGAUUCCUGGUGGAGUUACUGCUGCCGAGGGGUUCAAAGCUGCAGGGAUGUACGGUGGAUUGCGAGCCUUAGGAGAGAAGCCCGAUCUUGCACUUGUAACUUGUGAUGUAGAUGCUGUAGCUGCAGGGACAUUUACUAAAAAUGUGGUUGCAGCUGCACCUGUUCUUUACUGCAAAAGUACCUUAGAAAAAUCUAAAACGGCUCGUGCGGUAUUGAUAAAUGCUGGUCAAGCAAAUGCUGCAACGGGAGAUGCAGGCUACCAAGAUGUAUUAGAUUGUUCAAAUGCCCUUGCUAAGUUACUUCAAGUAAGACCAGAUGAAAUAUUGAUAGAAUCAACCGGUGUAAUCGGUCAACGAAUAAAGAAGGAGCCUCUACUCAAUUCUCUUCCUAAAUUAAUUGGUUUGCUUUCAUCAAGCGUCAAAGGAGCAGAUUCUGCUGCUGUGGCAAUAACAACAACGGAUCUUGUGAGUAAGAGUGUGGCAGUAGAGCUUGAGGUUGGCGGAACCCGUAUAAGAAUCGGGGGUAUGGCAAAAGGUUCCGGAAUGAUCCACCCAAAUAUGGGAACGCUUCUUGGGGUGAUAACCACUGAUGCCCUUGUAGAUGCUGAUGUCUGGCGAAAGAUGGUACAGGUUGCUGUAAAUCGAAGUUUUAACCAGAUAACUGUAGACGGAGAUACCAGCACGAAUGAUACCAUUAUUGCUUUGGCUAGUGGUCUAUCUGGAUCAAACAAGAUAUCGGCACUACACACUUCUGAAGCCAAACAACUGCAAAUGUGCCUAGAUGCAGUAAUGCAAGGGCUUGCCAAAUCAGUAGCUUGGGAUGGAGAAGGGGCAACAUGCCUUGUAGAGGUCACAGUAACUGGUGCAGGUAGUGAAGCAGAAGCCGCUAAGGUUGCACGUUCAGUCGCAUCUUCAUCACUUACCAAGGCUGCAGUAUACGGUAGGGAUCCAAAUUGGGGACGUAUAGCAUGUGCUGCAGGGUAUGCAGGAGUUCCUUUCGACUCAAAUGCACUCAGAAUAGCACUCGGAGAUAUCCUGCUUAUGGAUAGAGGGCAACCACUUCCAUUUGAUCGGUCUGCAGCUAGUAAUUACCUCAAGGAGGCUGGUGAAGCUCAUGGCACCGUCAAAAUUCAGAUCUCUAUAGGAGAUGGACCUGGAACAGGAUUAGCUUGGGGGUGUGAUUUAAGUUAUGACUAUGUGAAGAUCAAUGCUGAGUACACCACAUAAAGUUUGGGGUGCCAUUUACUCUGCCAGCUUUUUUUCAUACAAUUGUGGUGUUUGAAGAAAACUCAAGCUUAUUCGUAAGUUAAGUAGUGUAUUUUUUUUUUUUUUUUUCUUGCAAAGACGCCGGAUAGUUUGUGAUUGGCUAAAUUCGAAUCCCAUCAGAUAGUUUGUGAUUGGGUAAUUUCAAAUCUCAUCAGCAUGUUAAUGCAUUUUGUUUGGUUA